AUGGAUCACAUAUCAACUCUCUGUGCAUUGAGCACUGUCGGAAUAGCUCCUGUCGGCCUCGCGCUCGGUCGCGCAGAACGAACUCAGAAGCCAGGCCUCUUUCGCCGGAAGACUCUCGCUCAAGAUAUCCCCGAGCCGGUUUCUAACACCAAUGGACAGACUGCAGAUGUUGCCCGGCCCAAGACCGCUAUCGCAUCUCGAAGUCCGGCCGCCGAGUGGCUUGCCGCAAAGGAGGAGGAAAGCUCCCAGGAAAGUCAAGGAUCCGAUCUGCGGAAAGCGCCCUUGUCGUUCAGCGGUGCGAGGCGUCGCCGUCGGGGUCAGACCCUUACAAAUCCACCUUUGCGAAUUCCAGAACAUGAGUCAACAGGUUCGUCGGUCGAAACACAUAUCCGGCGGCCAUCCACCGGUUGGCUGCGGCGGCUGUCGAUGGCCUCGUUCCAAGCCGAAAGCCCAACUGUGAGUAGUCCAGCGACACCCUCUUUCCAUGGGUCAGAAAGUCCAUUCUUAAAUCAAUCGCCCGGUGGGCGGAGACCGCCGAACAAAUUGGUGAAGCGCCCGACCUCCCAGCACAUGCGUCCGUAUCCUCUGGUCAUGAACCCCAUCACCGGACCGUCACCGACUACGAUGCGCAGGCCUGCCACUAGUCACCAGAGGUCGGAGUCAAUGAUCCUCCGGACUCCCUUGACACCUGAUUUCGAUACAUAUUUUCCGAAAACUCCUGUCGAAGGUCCAAAGAUCGAGGAAUUCGAGCUCAAUAAGCAGAAGGAUUGGACGAAAUUCUUCGUUCCCAAGGCUGGCAAAUUAGCAGAGAGACUUUCACGCAGGUUCUCCACCGCCACUACCCCAAAGGUUCAGAGUGCACGCCAGAUUGUGUCUGACCAGGGCGCUCUUCCUGCGUUGGUUAUGGCUAAUGAGAUCUCACCUCCACCUGCUGCCCCCCGAGAAGACAUAUCAGUACCUCAUACCCCAAUUGAAUUUAGCAAUCCAUUCCAAAGGCCCCCCUCUGAGCCUGCUCCCAAGCAGCCAGUCGCUCCGGAACAGCAAGCAGAGAAAUCCGGCCAUAGGCAGUCAUCCUCGGUCAACGAUGUUGAGCCGAAAAUCAUCAUGGCAAACACAGUCACCGCGCAUGGGACACCAAUUAUGGGACUCGUUCGCGGCGGCUCUCUGAAGCGAGUGAAGGGGAGAACCUUCUCGGUCCCUGCUUCCGAACUCACUAGUGAAGAGAAGGUCGCUAUUCCGUGUCCCCCGCAGCCGGAGCCGCGGCGCAAUAUUACGGAUCCAAGCGUGUUUCGCCCUCCGUAUCCCAUUUCGCAACCGGGUUGGGCGGAUUCGGCUUUGGAAAGACGGUCUCAAGUUGGUCCUCGAUCGGUAUCGCAGGACUACAACGUUGGCUUGGGACCUCGGGCUAGUUCACGUCAAAUGGCCUCGGAUGCGGUCGCCCUGUCGGCGUGGCAGCAGGCAUCUCGUCCUGGUGGUCAAGCUUAUGGUUCUCUUCGUCGCCGUCCCAAAGGAUUUUCGAUUUCAGGCUCCGAUCCCUCUUCCACCAUCAUUGGUUCCGAUGACACGCGGGUGUUUACAUCUUGCGAUGAAUAUGAGACGGACGGGAUGUCAGACUAUUGGGACUCUAUCCGCACACGUGAGACGAAUCGUAGUGGACUGAAGGGGCUGCGGAUUGAAACGAUGUUUGACAAAGCAGGUACGAGCUUGGUAAAUGAAGAAGCCACGACCUUGGAGUCUCUCCUCCCGCGGGGUUCUUUUGCCGCUCGGUCUUUGGACAAGGAUCCCCAAUUAUUCACCGAUCCGCUUCUGUCUUCUCCUCCGUUGGUUCAAACAUCCACGGUUGAAAAUCCAUUUGUGCCUGAAGACGAUGCUCUCAGCAUGAUUGGAUCGCUUCCUGGCGAGGAUCGUGAUUUCUUUUCAUCCCCUCUGACCCAUUCAUUGGCCAAAUUUUCUGAGCAGCCCGAGUCUCGUUUUGAUGCAGCCAAGGAUAUGUCAGGAUCGUUUGUGGGCGAGUUGGAUUCAGAUGUCGGCAAAAAGACAAACAUUUUUGACUGGUCUGAACAGACACACCCUCACCGUGAAACUUCGGACUCGGAGACGCGUCCUAGGACCAUGCACGGGAAACAAGAGGGCGUUAUUGAUAGAAACAGUCGUGCUGUUUGCCGGAAAGCACCAUCCACCGUUCACCUUAGAAGUCAAAGUGUCCCAGUCGCUAGUGAACUUCCCAUCAAUGAAUCGCGUCAAACGUCCGGCAAGUUCGGUACUUGGGGCUUGGGCAGUAAGGGUGUCAGCGAAGAUUGGGAUAGCGACUUUGACUUUGAUGAAUCGGAGGACACACCUAUCGCCGAAAACAAACCGCUUAUUGAGCCUGAUACCAAUCGCCAGAGCAUGACAGUUCCCAAGGCUAUUCUGGAGCGUCAAGCAAGUCUUCGUGGUCAAUUUGGUCAGGUUCAAGAAUUAACACUAUUGGUGGAGGAAUUGAAACGUCUUCGGCAUCAAGCAAAUGUUCUAGGUGUUGUCAACGGACCGUCCAGUGAACUGUGGGCAGAAGCAGAGCAGAUUGUGAACCUUGCUACCAUUGACGAUGAAGAGGAGCGUCGCUCGCCGCCAGGAUCUCCACAAUCUCUCACCUUCAGUUUUGAUGAAUCCGACGAUGACGGCCUGAAUGCGUCGUCAAAGCGCAACAGUGAAGUCUCAUGGGACGUGCCUCAUGAAAGUUCUUCACCCACGUUGCCCCUCGCUCAGCUUGCAAAGGACUCUCCCAAGUCCAAAUCCGUACUUGAUAUCCUCCAGGCCGGUCGUGAUCAACAAAAGCCCGCUUCAGCUCUCGAGUUAGAUUUAUCUUCACGUGCAAAGAAACUUCCGUUUGAUACGUCCUCGCUGAAAAAUUUGGUGGUUCGUGCAGGUGUGGUGACGCGCGCGUUGAAAGAAGUUAUUCGCAAAGCAGACGGGGUAGCAACCAGCCCGCAGGACUUCCCCCAAGAUCCGCCAUUCCGACGCAUUUUCGACAAACCAUCUCACGAUGAUAUUGCCAGUUUUGAGGCAGCGCUGGCUGACAUGUCCUAA